AUGGAGCACAUCGGGAACCUGGGCCACACGGAGCCCAUCACCUUCGGCAUCGAGCAGAUCCUCAGCCACGCGGAGCAGAACUGCAUGCUGGGAGCGAGGACGCACGAGGACUACGGACACGCGGCAUACGGCGGUGGCUUCACGUGCGCUGAUGCGGUGUAUAACGGGAGCAGCGGAGGUGGAGGAGCGUGCGGAGCCUACGUGAACAUGGGGAUAAACAUGACACCGAGCAACAUCAUCAGGGUCCCUGCUCACCGACCCGUGAGCGGCGGGCCUCCCCUCCAUCACGGCCCGGGCCACGGCCUCAACACGAUCACGUUCCCCUGGAUGGAGAGUAAUCGGCGCUACACCAAGGACCGCUUCACCGGUCACCCGUACCAGAACAGGACGCCUCCCAAAAAGAAGAAGCCGCGCACGUCUUUCUCCCGGCUGCAGAUCUGUGAGCUGGAGAAGCGCUUCCACCGACAGAAGUACCUGGCCUCGGCGGAGAGGGCCACGCUCGCUAAGGCCCUCAAGAUGACGGACGCUCAAGUCAAGACGUGGUUCCAGAACCGACGCACCAAGUGGAGACGUCAGACUGCGGAGGAGCGCGAGGCGGAGCGGCAGCAGGCCAACAGGCUCCUGAUGCAGCUGCAGCACGAGGCCUUCCAGAAGUCUGUGUGUGAACGUGUGAGCCCGGACCCUCUGUGUCUGCAGAACACCUCUCUGUUUGCACUGCACAACCUGCAGCCCUGGAGCGAGCACACCGCCAAGCUCAGCAGCGUGUCUGCGUGCGACUGA